CAAUUAAGCAAUUUAACGGUUUGCAAAUGUUGGUAAAUUAUUAUAAACAUGUUUUGUCAUCAUGACAGUUACGGAUUAAUUUAACGCUUAGGCCGAUAUUUUUGUUAUUUUACGGUAUUGGGUUACCGGGGAGUGACUUCACAACACAGACAGACACACACAAUGGAUAGACAGACUGUACUGAAAUCUGCUAACAUUCGCUUGUCAGCCUCCACGUUCAUUAAUAACGAGCCAGCAACACCGGCAGGGAAUACAUUUUCUAACGUUAUAUAACGGACUCAAGGAAUAUGGAAACCACAAUUGACAUAAACCAUAUUUUCCCCGAAAGGAUUACAGUUUUGGAUCAGAACCUAAUUGCAAGUCGAAAAUCGUCGGGAAGGUCAGAUCCUCAACCCCAAAUUGCAGCUGUUAUUGAUGAACUUGGAAGAGCCUCGGCCAAGGCCCAGCACUUGACAGCCCCAAUCACAAGUGCAUCAAAGUUGCAGACCAACAAGCACCAUCUCUACCUGAUCAAGGACGGGGAAAGCAAGGGGGGAAAAGGACUUGUGGUGGGGUUCCUUAAGGUUGGCUAUAAGAAGUUAUUUCUGCUUGACCAGCGGGGGGCCCACGUGGAAACGGAGCCUCUGUGUGUCCUGGACUUCUUUGUGAAAGAGGAUCUACAGAGGCACGGCUACGGCCUGGAGCUGUUUGAAUUCAUGCUGCAGCACAAGAAGGUGGACCCGGUUAUGAUGGCUUUCGACCGGCCCUCCCCAAAGUUCCUGUCUUUCUUGGAGAAACAUUACUGUCUGAAGAACAGCGUACCUCAGGUCAAUAACUUUGUGGUGUUUGACGGAUUUUUUGCCAACAGAUCAGGCCCACCUCUCCCCCAGACGGAUCAGGGAAUGUACGGCUUUUUCGGUCCGGUCGAGAAAGGUUCCCCCCAAAAAGCCGGACGGAGAGAUCAAGCCCUACUCGCUAACGGAGAGAGAGGCUUUGCGAGAGGAGCAGAGGGCACUUCCCUGGCCGAUGAGUCGCCCUGCACCUCCCCCCCCCUCUCCCCCACUGUCGGGAUCCUCCCUGUGCUCCCCAAACAGGGGCCGCCAGCGUCCCGACCCAGCCUUGGCCCCCGCCCUGGCCAAUGCCCCUGGGGGCUACAGGAGCCCGACUCUCCGAUCCCCUCUCACAGACAGCCUCCACAGCAGGGAAAAGCGCACAAGCCAACAGGGCCUGGUAGCCCGGAGCAACCUGUACAGUCGCCACACCAACACCCGGGGCGUUGGGCUGCAGCUGAACACACCGCUGAACCCACAGAUGAACACCGUCAAACUGCCAGGUUUGGAACCAGGGCAGAGAGACAGAGGGACAGACACGGGGGGACAGACAGACCCACUGGGACAGACAGACAGAUCUGUGCAUAUCUCUCUGCCGCCGCUGUCCCGGAAGGAGUUGCUUCCCGCCUCCCUGGCCAUCAGAGAACCAGGCAGACAGGCCGACAAGGACGCCAGGCCUCGGAGGGGGGUUGGGGUAGGGGAGGAGUCCAGGCCACCCAGAGGGGGAGAAGGCGGGCCCUUGGAGGGGGAAGAGAAGCGGGAGAGGGGCCGAGGGAACGGAGGCUGGUCAUGGACGGUGGGCGAGAGCCGCUGCAACGCCCAGUGGGUCCGGCAGAACCAGGACCGGCGCAGCACCAGGCCCUGGUGACAGAUGGACCAGACAUUGACGGAUGUAAUCAGAAAAUGCUUGUGUGUAUAUAUAUAUAUAUAUAUAGAUAGAUAUAUAUAUAUAUAGAGAGAGAGAGAGAGAGAGAGAUGUCAGGCAGGCAAAUGUUGGUUAGGGAAAGAGAAUAAGCAGAGUGAAGAGAUGAAAGAAGGAAGAAUGCUAUAGUUACAGAUGAGAGGAAUGAGGAGUGGAGAUGAAGCCCAUGAACCCCCCACCCCCGCUCGGCACUGAUAAGCGGUUCUGUGUUUACAGGGAGGUCCACUGGUAUGCUACACUACAGUCAGCUAGAUGUAACAGGCUGACUCCAAAAUGACAAACUCCCUAUGUAGUGCAAUUCUUUCGACCAGGACUGUGGUUGUGCCCUACGCCGGGAAUAGGGUGCCGGUUGGACGCUGACAGCGUGGGAGGGUGUAAAACUGGAGGGGGGGGGGGGGGUUCGGACACAGUGAGGAGAAUGUAGCAGUGAAUACUGUGUAUUAGCCAGUGGGCAGUUGCUAAGUGGUACUAAAGCUUUAGAGAACACUGAAUCUGACACGGAAGUGGCCAUUUACUUGAAGGAAAGGCCUCCGCGCUGCUCCGCAGCGUCUAAUUUAGACUUCGGCUAACCGGACAAACACCACUAUGCAGAUUUCACACCACCUUUAUGUAUUUAUAAGUAGUUUAUCGCAAUAUUUGUAAUAUUUGAUGGGAAACCUCAAUGUUUAAGAAUGAAUAAAUUGCCUACACUGAUCACCCAAUCAGUCUUCUCUUAGUUGAAUUAGUAUGUCCAAGUGUGAUGACCUAAAUGUUCAUAAUGUGCUAGUAUCCUUAAAUCCUCACCACCAACCUCCUGUACUGCCCUCUGCUGGCUCUAUGCACCACUGCCACAAAAAUGCAAUUUGGGAACUUCUGAUGUAUUGUUCUAUGUUGCAAAACAUUUCACAACUGGGUGCUGUAAUGAACUCAGCCGAAUUCUGACAUUUCCUUCCUGCUGACAGUAAACUAGGAAACCAGUAAAAUAUGAGAUAUAACCUUUUAUGAGAUGUAAUAGUGAUGUUCAACCUGCAUUUUUUCCAAAAACAAAAACAGU